AUGGCAUGGGCCCCUUCAAGAGAUCUCGGAUGGUUUCGCUUGCAGGGUGCUCAUCCUCUUCCACCUGGUGUUCAAGUCCCAAUCGAGAACGCCAUGGCUAACCUCACCUUCUUUCCUGGUGGCUUCGAUCUUCAAGCUUCCAUGCCUCAGUACAACUGGCAGGCAGGAAACAACACUACUUCUGGCUUCAAUCCAAAUGCCAUUCAUCCCCAGGUUCCACUCUCCUCGAUGAAUUCCACUGCCUAUCUGACCAGCGUCCCUCCAAUUUCCCAGAACGCAACCAUGACCACAGGCGUUGGUACUGAGUCUCCUACCACGGCUUUUGGCCCAGGUUCGCAACCUCACAUCAUCGAUCCGGUCACCUUCGUCGGCCCUACCAAUCAUGGAGUCAUCAAAAUCAAGAAUAUCCCCUAUGGCAUCACCAUGGCUGAAGUCCAACAAUUUAUGCUCAAGCAUGUGACCACAUCAGACAUCCUUCAACCACACCGUGAUGGUUAUCCAUAUCACAUCAUAAUGGAACGUUCCACUGGUAAAACCAUGGAUGUAUUCAUUGAGGUUCAGACCCAGGAUAUUGCAGCAGAUGCUGUGGACCGCAAUUUUCGUGGCAUGAAAUUCAAUAGACUCGGACAACGGAUGGUCAAUCUUGAACUCAGCUCCCAAGCCCAGCUUCUCCAAGACUUGUUUCCACGCGCGCGCAGUGUCGUCUGGGAUGAAGACAACAACGGUGCUCCUUACUUGGUCGAGAAUACUGAUCCAUACUCGUCUGGUUUCAACGGCCUCAUGACAAGAGAGGAGUUGAACGGACUGAUACGCCACGCAGAGACCCCAGGCCGCUCUCCAUUCGCCCAACGCAGUCAGCAGCGCCCUUACGAAUCGAUGAUCAGUACUUUGUACAAGUUCCCAUGGUACGCUACUGACCUCUACACCAUGGAAGAAAGAGACGGUAUCUAUUUGUCCUUCAUGAGACAGCUCAAGGUACUUGUUGACAAAGCUGAUCCUUUGAAGCAAGAGCGUCGUGAAGUUGGACUUGACACCAAGCUCCUCAUGGAAUUCGUCUUUGCUGGUAUGAAUUGCCCCGCCUUUUCGCAACGCCAGAAGUUCAGCAUUGUCAUCAUGUCUGCUGGGCCAGGUCGUGGAGUUAUUUUGAGUGCCUAUGCUAGAGCUUGGCCAUUUCAAUGUCUCAGCCCUGACCCAACCAAACUUUCUGACCAAGAUAUUGGCAUGUGGCUCCACAUCAUUCAAUCCGGUAUGGAAGCCCUGGUUCGCGAUUAUGGAGGCAUUCAAAACGUUGGCAUUGAGCCUCACCUUGGUGUCGAAUUUGUUGAGGACUGUUUCGUUGUUCGCGCCACCGAUAGUGGAAUGCAACUCACUCGACAAGCUUUUGCAGCUUUGGAAGAAAAAUUCCUCGCACAGGCAUUGAAGAAGGGCUGGGCUAUCUACCUAAGCCGAUAUGGACUUUUUGGUGAAGAACCAAGCACUCUCGAAGAUCCAUUCGAGGAUGGAAACUCCCUUCCAGCUCCUGAUCUUUCAUGUCGUCGAGGCGACAUCAAUGGUCCUGGCCCUGCUGUUGCUACUGAUGGCCGUAUCAGUACUGCUCGCCGCAACUCUGCCAUUGAACUUCCGCAUCAGACCUACAUGCCCUCUGCCGCACCUACUCAAUCGCAGGACACGACGCCAUGGACUCGGACUCCUCUAUAUCGUCCCAAACAGGCUGUUCCCAUUACCAGACCAGAUGGUACGGUGAUCAAUUUCCGGCAUUCUGACACUGUGUCAACCUCUGAACGUAUCAGCGAUAAGUACAAUGGCAGCAUUCCCAAUGCAAGUGAUGGAUCUGCUGCUGUAUCUCCAGCGGGAGGCUUGCGCCGCAACAGCGAUCAACGUCGCUUUCCGUCCAAUGCUUCAUCGAACUACGAUUUCCCAGUCAUUUCGAAAACCACUGGGUCGCCUUUGAAAGGUACGCCUCCGAGCAAGCCUCUGCCCGACAGCACCACAAUGCCCGCCAACCUGUCUCCGGCCCGCACCCUUCGUCGCAUGUCUGGUACUAGCGUCAGUCCGACCAAGACCGAUCGCUCAGUGGCCUCUUUUCGGACCACGGGAUCUCCCUCACGAAAAUCUAGAAGUGAAGACGUCGAUCGCCCUAGCAUUGAUGGUUCGCGGAAGCCUGGGGACGACCACCGUUCAGGUUCUAUGAGCAGCACUGAUACCAUCGUUCACAACAAUCGGUCCUCUCCUAGCCGCUUAGCUUCUGCGAGCAGCCCUGGUACCUUCGUUCAAACCGCUAGAUCCACUCCUGGCCGCGCAUCAUCCUCUAGCAGCCCUGGUACCCUUGUUCACACUAGGUUCUCUCCUGAAGAGGAUCCCAUCGCUGAAGAGGAAGAAUUAGGAUCCGACUACCAUUCAUCUUCUGCAAGCAGCACUGGUACCGUUGUCCACAAAGCUAGAUUCUCCCUUGAGGAGGAUAUUAUUGAUGAACAAGAGGAAGAGGAACGCGAUUCCAUUCGUGGUCUCUUACGUGCUCGCUCUCGCAAAGGGGCUUAA